UAAACCCUACUCCAAAACACAGCUAGACUCCAUCAAAACGGUGUUCAUCGGAUAUAUUGAUUUGGAGUUACAGAAGAACCCUAACUGUAAACAAAACCAACCAUGGCGAUGAUGCAAGGGGUACAAAAGAACACCCUCUACGUCGGAGGUUUAGCGGAAGAGGUAAACGAAUCCAUCCUCCACGCAGCGUUCAUCCCAUUCGGAGACAUUAAGGAUGUCAAGACUCCUCUUGACCAAGCCACUCAGAAGCAUCGCUCUUUUGGCUUCGUCACUUUCCUUGAACGGGAAGACGCUUCCUCCGCCAUGGAUAAUAUGGACGGUGCUGAACUAUAUGGUCGUGUCCUCACCGUUAAUUAUGCUCUUCCUGAGAAAAUUAAGGGUGGUGAACAGGGAUGGGCUGCUCAACCAAUUUGGGCGGAUGCGGAUACUUGGUUUGAACGACAGCAACAGGAGGAGGACAUGCGUCGCCUUGAAGCAGAGAAUAAAGCUGCAAUGCUGGCUGCUGAAGAACUCCACAGGAAGCAAGUAGUCGAAGAGCGGGAAGGGGAGAAAGAGGAAAUUGAGAUCAAGGAUGAUCCUAUGGCAAGGGCUGAAGCAGAGGUUGUUGCAAAUUGAGACCUAGGACAACUCUAUUUGUAAAUCAGAGUGAGCACUUGGUAAGGGAAGCCGGUGCACUUUUUAAUUUGUGUCUCAUCUGUAAUGUGAGAUAGAUCUGAUGCACGGCGAGAAAAAGCCCUAUUGGUUAUGAAAUACGGUAGCUGCAGGCACUUACGAGUGAAACUAAAUAUUGUAUUUUCAUUGAUCCGUUGCCUCACUUGUAUUGCGAAAGCUCUUCCAUUUUUGCUAUAUUGAAAGAAUAUAAUCGUAGUCUUGUAAUAUUUUACGUUUUGGAUAUGUUUAAUUUGAGAAAUAUAUUUAUGAUGAA